GACGCAUCUUUGCCCGUUCCCACUUCCUUGCUAAUUUAAGGAAGUUGAGCAACUAAAGGAAAGGCAACUUGCAGAGGCAUCAACAGAAGACUCCUCCUACCUCUCCCCUUCCAAUAAGCCGCCAGUCUGGGAAACCUGGGAGCUUUCUCCUUUCAGAGCUCCGGCUAGAUCCCGCAGCUUGCCUAUCUCGAUCGCCUCCCUUGCUCUGCACCUGCUUGUCCUCUGCGUCCAAGUUUCCGAAAUGGGCCGAGGCAAGAUAGUGAUCCGUCGGAUCGACAACUCCACCAGCCGGCAGGUGACUUUCUCGAAGCGGCGGAACGGGAUCUUCAAGAAGGCCAAGGAGCUAGGUAUCCUCUGUGACGCCGAGGUUGGCCUCGUCAUCUUCUCCAGCACCGGCCGCCUCUAUGAGUACGCCAGCACCAGCAUGAAGUCAGUGAUAGAUCGAUAUGGCCGAGCAAAGGAGGAGGAGCAACUUGUCGCAAACCCCAACUCGGAGCUUAAGUUCUGGCAAAGGGAGGCAGCAAGCUUGAGACAACAACUGCACAACUUGCAAGAAAAUCAUCGGCAGUUGAUGGGGCAAGAUCUUUCUGGAUUGGGUGUCAAGGAGCUGCAGACUCUAGAAAAUCAGCUAGAGAUAAGCCUACGCUGCAUCCGGACAAAAAAGGACCAGCUCUUGAUUGCUGAAAUUCAUGAACUGAAUCGUAAGGGAAGUCUUGUUCACCAAGAAAACAUGGAACUGUACAAAAAGCUUGACCUAAUUCGUCAGGAAAAUGUUGAGUUAUAUAACAAGCUCUCUGAGACAGAGGCAGUAACUGCAGUCGGCCGAGAUUCAAGAACUCCAUACAACUUUGCAGUUAUUGAGGAUGCCAACGUUCCUGUUCAUCUUGAACUCAAUUCCCCGCAGCGACGAAAUGAUGCUGAACAUACUGCACCACCUAAACUAGGAUUGCAACUACAUCCAUGAUGAUUAUGGGGUACAGGUUACUCGUAUUAUCAAUAUUCUCAAGGGAUACAAUUAAGAGUAGCCAGAAGUAAUAUUGAAUGUAAGUUUGUAACAAACCUAAACCCGUAGCAAGACAUAAGCAGCUUGCAUGGGCUGGUGAUUGAUAAAUGGUACUCCCUCCGAUCCAUAAUAAGUGUCGGGACUUUAAUUCAAAUUUGUUUAAAUUUGAACUAAAGCCCUGACACUUGAUAUGAAUCAGAGGGAGUAAUGUAAAUUUGUUUCAAAUAAAUGUAAUGCACAGAAGGAUACUGUGAAUGAUUGUAAUAGAAAUAUUUGAGACGUUCUACAAGUUUGCUGAAACAAAUGACAGCUGCAAACUUGUGUGCAAAGCUUUAUUGACAAAAAGGUGUGACCAAAUAUCAGGUACAUCUUUUUUCA